AACGUCGGCAGUGAUCAACGAGAUACACCGCCAGCCCGUUUCUCUGGGCUUGCCGUGCUGCCUGUACCGACGGGACCGAUACAUCAAAAUAUUUCUGAUGAGGGCCGGGAUCAAAUAAUUGAUAAUGUCCGCUUCAAGACCAGGCGAUCAUCUCACCAUCGGCUACCCGCCGCAGACCCUCUCCGCCCAGGGCCGGUCAAACUCGCCCACGGCAACCUCACCCAAUGACCCGCAAUCUGUGGGCGGCACCCUUCGGUCACCCUUUGGUUUGUCUCCGGGCCUGACGCCCACCUCCAAGAUGUCGGGUGCUUCACGCUCUGGCGCCGGCUCGCCCUCGCACGAGAUGGCUGCCUCUGGACGCUUGUUUACCAAGCGCGCAAGGGAGAUACAAGCUCAGGAAGGCGUCCCGGGGUUGCCGUUGAAUCCGUGGGGCGGGCCUCCGACCAGUGGAAACUCCACUCCGCUCCGCGAGAACAUCCCCGAGUCACCCACCGACGGCUUUCCAGACUACGUCCAACUUCCCACUCCCGAGAGCUUGCCGCAGACCCGCCGUGCUCGGGCGGGCACGCUUCCGUCUCGGUUCUCACCCAACACCGCCGGCAAUGCCUUGCUUGGCAUCCCGGCCCUAGCCUCCAAGACCUCGCGGCCAAGCCCGUCGCAGACCCCUUUCAAGUCCCCCUCGCCGGGUCUUGAGGCGCCCAAUGAUGCGUCGAAUGCCUCAACACUGCUCUCGAGGCUCCGUGCGGGCUCAAUGCCUCAGCGGAGUCCGUUCUCUCAUACACCUGGGACAAGCUCUCCGUUCGGACCGUCCAUCUUCAGCAGCUGGAACCCGACCGGUCGGGAGCGGGGAAACACCCUGGCCAGCAUUGCCAGCCUGGGGUCGAACGGGCCGAGUUCUCCAGCCCAAUCGCAGUUCUCCCGCGAGGGGAAUGCCGAGACGGACGUUCAUAUGAGGACACUGGAUUACCUUGGCCUCGCCGAGACUCCCCAGCCGGCCCGCGCCCAGCUUGCUCCCGCUGCCCCUUACAUACCCACCUACGCCGACUUCAGCAAGGCCGCCAACCGAUUCCGUUCCUACUCGGUUAACAACAAGGACAAGUAUGCCGACGAAGAAGAAGAUGAGUAUGAGACCGACCCCUUGUCCUACAUGGAAAACCAUUAUGCCCACCUCCAAGACCAACUCGCCGCCACCAACGCCGCAAUCCACAACCACAACCUGGCAGUCCAGGCCUUUGCGAAUCAGGCGGCUCGACCCCGCGCACGGACAGCUGGUGUCCUCGAUACCCCGGCCUCACGCCUUCUCCGCAACUACCUCCCGACCCCCUCGAGACUAGACAAUUCUUUCACAGCGGCCGAGAUCCAGAUGCCGGACGAGAAGGCGUUUGAUGACCUCCCGCAGGCCAUCGCUGGUAUGUCCUUGGGGAGGUCGAACAGCCGGAACAACGGACUGCUGGGAGCGGACGAACAGGGGUUGGAAGGGCCGACCAGCGCUUUGUGGCUCGGCAGCAUCCCCACAUCUACCACGACGUCGACACUGACCGAGAUGUUCAAGACAUACGGGCCCAUAGUAUCGGCCAGGGUCUUGACCCACAAGAACUGCGGUUUCGUGAACUUUGAGCGCGUUGAUAGUGCCAUCGCCGCCAAAGCCAACAUGAACGGCAAGGAGAUCUUCCCCGGCGCCGGGCCGAUUCGCAUUAACUUUGCGAAGCCGCCUUCGAGCACCGGCACACCGGGUCAUGACGGCGCCAUCCCCUCGCCCAGCCCCGAUCCGUUUGCCAAGUCCCAGGAGAAUGGCCAAGGCGCUGGCGCCGGCGCGUCUGGCGAAACCGGGCCUGCUCCCAUCCAAGGCAACGCCACCCCGACGGCGCUGCCCCUUCACGAGUUGACCGGAGACAUCCUUCAGAUUAUCCAGCAGUUUGGCGCGACCGAGGAAGACUGCUUCCGCAUCUCGAUGAGCCUACAGUCGGCAAUUCAAUACACCACGUUUGUGGACGAGAUACCGCCGAUCAAGGAGCCUGCCCACACCCGGGUCCAUGAUGCACCGAAGCUCCGGGACAUCCGCAAGAGGAUUGACAACCAGUCGCUCUCUCAGCAAGAAAUCGAGGGCAUUGCCAUGGAGAUGCUUCCCGAGAUCGCCGAGCUCGCGUCGGACUACCUGGGCAACACGGUCGUCCAGAAACUGUUCGAGCACUGCUCCGAUGCCGUUCGGGACUCGAUGCUGGCCGAGAUUGCCCCUCAUAUGGCCGAAAUUGGCGUGCACAAGAAUGGCACCUGGGCGGCCCAAAAGAUUAUCGAUGUCUGCAAAACACCGCAGCAGAUGAGUCUUAUUGUGCAGUACCUGCGCCCUUAUACCAUCCCUCUCUUCCUGGACCAGUACGGCAACUACGUCUUGCAGGGAUGCCUGAAGUUCGGCUCUCCGUACAACGACUUCAUCUUCGAGACCAUGCUGAGCAGGAUGUGGGAGGUUUCUCAGGGCCGCUACGGGGCUCGCGCCAUGCGGGCCUGCCUCGAGAGCCACCACUCCACCAAGGACCAGCAGAGGAUGCUUGCGGCCGCGAUUGCCCUGCACAGUGUACAGCUUGCCACCAACGCCAACGGCGCUCUGCUGCUCACUUGGUUCCUCGACACCUGCACGUUCCCGCAGCGACGGACGGUGCUGUCUCCUCAGCUUGUCCCUUACCUCGUCCAUUUGUGCACACAUAAGGUUGCGUAUUUGACAGUUUUGAAGGUGAUCAACCAGAAGGCGGAGGCGGAGGCUAGGGACACCAUCCUCAAGGCGCUCUUCUUCACCCCGAACGACCAAGUGUUGGAAGCAAUCCUCAGUGACCACGCGUGCGGCGCGACCCUGAUCUUCAAGGUCCUGACCACUCCCUUCUUCGAUGAAGCGAUUCGGGGUCAGGUUGUUGAGACUGUUAAGUCGGUCCUGAUCCGCAUCAAGGCACAGCCCGGGCAGGGCUACAAGCGGCUAAUGGACGAGGUGGGCCUGUCGACGCGGAGCAGUGGUGCUGGGAGCGGUGGGCCCCCUCGUGAUCAUGGAAACGUUGAACGACAGCGUCCCGGCUCGCGCCAGACGCCCAACCCUCAACACCACCACCAACAACAACAGCAGCCGCAGCAUGCCCAACAGCAGGCCGGGCAGUACGGCGCCGGUAACAACCCGCAGUACUACAACCCGCUGAACGCCGCCACCGCCGCCAACUACGACAUGGGCUACGGGGUUCCCCGCAGCAGCGAAGGCAUGGACCAGUUCCCCGCCUUCAACGCCCAAAACACCAUGUUCAACCCCCCGGCCAACCCUGCCAUGGGGCCUAACGCGCUCCAGCAGAUGCAGUACCAGCAGAGCAUGAUGGGCCGGGGCGGGCCCCAGCCGCCCAUGAACAACUACUACCCCUCCAUGCAGGCCGGCGGCUACGGCGCCUUCCAGAGCCCUGGCACCCCGAUCGACCAGUACCGCACCAACCAGCCCAUGGCCAACGGCAGCCCCAUCCCGCCCGCCGCCCAGAUCCCCGCCGCCGCCGGCCAGCAGCCUCCCUUUGGCGGUCCGCCCGGCGCUCCGUUCGGCAUGGGCAUGGCCCCGCCCCCGGGCAUGGGCGGCUACCCCGCCGGGUAUGGCAUGCCACCGGGGGCUGCUGGAGGAUACAUGCCCCAACAGCCGCAACCCCAACAGCAGCAGGAGCAGGUCAAUGCGCGGCAGCGUGGUGGCCGUGUGGGCCGCAGCCCUCAGCCUGAUGGUCGGCAGCGCCGGCAGUGAUGGGGCGGUGUUAUCAUAUGUGUUGUGUUUUGUGUGUGUGUGUGUGUGUGUCCGUGUGUGUGGAUAGAAAGAAAGAAAGGGAGACUUUAUGAUCUGGUUUUAUUUUUUGGCAGAGAGAGAGAGAGAUAAAAUCAACGGGUUGCUGCGGACGACGAGCGAGGGAUGGAUGGCGCCCGCGCG